AUGAAGGACUGCUCAGAUAUCAUCCUGUGUGUGGAGGGGACAGAGCUGAGCAAGACUGAAUUCUGCAAUCCUACUUUCGAGCCUGAAUCGGGGCCCCCUUGCCCUCCACCGGCCUUCCAGGAGGAUGCCAGCUGCAGCAUCCGAGCUCCCUGGCACGGUCGGCAUCGCCGAGGGCUGCAACCAGACUGCCAGUUCUCCUGGCUGUGUGUCCUCCUGCUAGCCAGCCUGCUGCUCCUGCUGCUCGGGCUGCUAGUGGCCAUCAUCCUGGCCCAGUUGCAGGCUACACCCCCACUGGGGACCUCCUAUCACCCACUGCCUGCCACCACCACCACUGGCACCACCCCCCUCAUCACCACCACCACCUCUCAGGCAACUGGGACCCCUAAAGAGCAGCAGGAGGCAGGCAUGAGCCCCACACCCCAGUCCACCUGUGGGGGCCUCCUUCCUGGACCAAGGGGCUUCUUCAGCAGCCCUAACUACCCAGACCCUUACCCACCCAAUGCCCACUGUGUGUGGCACAUCCAGGUGGCCACAGACCAUGCAAUACAGCUCAAGAUCGAAGCUCUCAGCAUGGAGAGCGUGGCCUCCUGUCUCUUCGAUCGCUUGGAAAUCUCCCCUGAGCCUGAAGGCCCCCUCCUCAGAGUGUGUGGGAGGGUACCUCCCCCCACACUCAACACCAAUGCCAGCCACCUCCGGGUGGCCUUCGUCUCUGACAGCAGUGUGGAAGGAUUUGGUUUCCAUGCCUGGUACCAGGCUGUGGCUCCUGGGCAUGGGAGCUGUGCCCAUGAUGAGUUCCCCUGUGACCAGCUCAUCUGCCUGCUGCCUGACUCAGUGUGUGAUGGUUUUGCCAACUGCGCUGAUGGCAGGGACGAGACCAACUGCAGUGCCAAGUUCUCUGGCUGUGGGGGGAAUCUGACUGGGCUCCAGGGCACUUUCUCUGCUCCCAGCUACCUGCAGCAGUACCCUCACCAACAGCUUUGCACCUGGCAUAUCUCGGUGCCUGCUGGACAUGGCAUAGAACUUCAGUUCCACAACUUCAGCCUGGAAGCUCAGGACGAGUGCAAGCUUGACUACGUGGAGGUGUACGAGACCAGCAACUCAGGGGCCCUCAGCCUCCUGGGCAGGUUCUGUGGAGCAGAGCCACCCCCUCGCCUCAUCUCCUGGCACCACCAACUGGCUGUGCUCUUUAGGACAGAUCAUGGCAUCAGCAGCGGGGGCUUCUCAGCCACCUACCGGGCCCUCAAUGUCACAGAAAACCCCUGUGGGCCCAGAGAGUUCUCCUGUCAGGAUGGAGGGUGUCAGAGUCUACAGUGGAUAUGUGACACGUGGAGAAACUGUGCAGACAGCAGUGAGGACAACUGCAGCAGCCCCUUGUUCCCACCCCCAGAGCUGGCCUGUGAGCCUGUGCAGGUGGAGAUGUGCAUCGGCCUGAGCUACAACACCACGGCCUUCCCCAACAUCUGGGUAGGCAUGGCCACCCAGGAGGAGGUGGUGGAGGUCCUCAGAGGUUACAAGAGCCUGACAAGUCUGCCCUGCUACCAGAAUUUCCGGAGGCUCCUGUGCGGGCUGCUUGUGCCCCACUGCACCCCGCUAGGCAGUGUCCUUCCCCCGUGCCGCUCUGUCUGCCAGGAGGCAGAGCGCCAGUGCCAGUCUGGCCUGGCAUUACUGGGCACCCCCUGGCCCUUCAACUGCAACAGGCUGCCUGAGGCCGCUGGCCUGGAGGCUUGUGCCCAGCCCUGA